AUGGAUCAGCCAGGUCCCCCGUUAUGUCGUGUAUGUCUAAUAUUUGAUCUUGAAAUUCCAUAUGAUUUGUCUGCAGACAAAGGCCUUGUUUUUGAUUUCAUACAUAGCUUAUGGAAGAUUCAUCUAGGUUUGGAAAAGACUAUGAAAGAUAUGGAUAGCAUAUGCGAUAAGAUACAAGAACAGCAACAAGAACCUCUUGCUCAAUUAUCUAAUGGUUCACCUAAUU